UGUGUGCGAACCAGCUUUGCUACGAACGGAGAGAGGAAGUGGAAAAAAAAAGCACAAAGAUUUUCCAGUGAAUUUCUUUAUCUUCUAAAACACUCCGUCAUUUCCAAUGCAUUAGCAGCAGCAGCAGUUUUUCGACGAAGAGAUUGUCUUCACCGUAAACAAUCAACCAAGAGAAACGUACGAGAUCUUCAUAGAAAACUGUUCAGGUGGUUGUGGCAGAAAGUCUUUAUGCAAAAUCUGAAGGCAAAAUGGUUUUGGAAACAAAUCGUCUGGUGAAUGGGGAUUCAGAGAUGAGUCUUCACAAACAAAGUCAUGGAGUUUCACGUAAUGGCAUUAUUGGAAGACAUGAAAGCUUAGGUUCUAAUGGAACUCGUGCUAGUUGUAGUUAUGAUGAAAUUUCUGGUGAUGAAGAUAUCCUAACAACACCCUCCAGAGACAUGAAUGGCACUAUGGAUGUGGACACAUUUCCUGAUGUUGUUGUAUCAAGAAAGACAAAGCAGAGAGAAAUGACUUCUCAAGAUAUGUACAACAACCAAGACUUGUUUGAUGAUGACGAUGAUGACAGUGAUUGGGAGCCUCUACAAAAGCGUGUGCAUAUCAUGAAGUGGUUUUGUACCAACUGCACGAUGGUUAAUCUCAAUGAUGUUGUUCAUUGUGAUAUAUGUGGAGAACAUAAAGAAUCUGGUAUCUUGAGGCAUGGAUUUCUUGCUUCGCCAUUUUCACAAGAUGCAGGUGUUACUGAGGUCCAGACACAAGUGAAGGGGAGAAACAAAGACACUUAUGUACAAUAUUCAUCCUCAAACAGUUGCACAGCAGUUGGUUUUGAUGAAAGAAUGUUGCUACAUUCAGAAAUUGAAAUGAAGUCACAUCCGCAUCCAGAAAGACCUGAUCGCCUGCGAGCUAUAGCUGCUAGCCUUGCCACUGCUGGUAUAUUUCCUGGAAGAUGCUACCCAAUUCCUGCAAGAGAAAUUACGCAACAAGAACUUCAGAUGGUUCAUUCCUUGGAGCAUGUUCAGGCUGUAGAACUUACAAGCCGUAUUUUCUCUAGCUACUUCACUCCUGACACAUAUGCUAAUGAGCAUUCAGCUUGUGCUGCUAGGCUUGCAGCAGGAUUGUGUGCUGAUCUUGCUUCAGCAAUUUUUUCUGGACCUGCCAAAAAUGGUUUUGCUUUGGUUCGACCUCCUGGCCAUCAUGCUGGUAUAAAACAAGCAAUGGGAUUCUGCCUCCACAAUAAUGCAGCAAUUGCUGCAUUAGCUGCUCAGGUCGCUGGUGCCAAGAAAGUGCUAAUAGUCGACUGGGAUGUUCAUCAUGGAAAUGGCACUCAAGAAAUAUUUGAGCAGAACAAAUCGGUAUUGUACAUAUCCUUGCAUAGACACGAGGGAGGAAAGUUUUAUCCUGGCACUGGAGCAGUUAAUGAGAUCGGUACUGAAGGUGCAGCAGGAUAUUGUGUAAAUAUUCCAUGGAGUCGUGGAGGGGUUGGCGAUAAUGAUUACAUUUUUGCAUUUCAGCAUGUUGUGCUACCUAUAGCUGCUGAAUUUGCGCCUGAUUUCACCAUCAUAUCUGCUGGAUUUGAUGCAGCAAGGGGUGAUCCUUUGGGCUGUUGUGAUGUAACUCCAGCUGGCUAUGCACAGAUGACUCAUAUGUUGUAUACUAUCUGCAGGGGAAAGCUGCUCGUAAUUCUUGAGGGCGGCUAUAAUCUACGCUCCAUAUCAUCUUCUGCUACUGCAGUGAUUAAGGUACUGCUGGGUGAAAGCUCUGAAUUCGAAUUAGGCAAUACUGUCCCUUCUAAAGCUGGCUUGCAAACUGUUCUGGAAGUCUUGAAGAUUCAGAUGCACCAUUGGUCUUCUCUGGAGUCUAGUUUUGCAAAAUUGCAGUCGCAAUGGGAAGCAUACUGUUCUGAGAAUAAAAAAGAACAAAUUAAAAAGAGACGGAAGACUGCAGCACCAAUAUGGUGGAAAUGGGGGAGAAAGAGCUUAUUGUAUCAUUUACUUAGCGGGAAUCUUCGUGUAAGAUCAACAGCGGCUGUCUAGAUCAAUCUUCUCCUUGCUCAUCCCUUUCUUGUCCUUCACUUUUGUGAAUUUUUGUAUCAGUAGUUGCAAUAUACAACUUGUUUAGGAUACUGCGUCUAACUUGUACCAUCUCCUUUUUGUUGCUUUGGUUAAAGAAUCAAUGGUUCCAUUUAUUUAUUUAUGGGUGAAUUACCUUAGGGUUUGUCGUUAGUUGCCCAACUCGUUCUGUAUUUUGACAAUUACAUAAAAAAACUUUUUAACUUUUAUUUUUA